CUACGGUGUGCACCGAUGCAGCCUCAAUCUGAAAAGGGAAGGAAGGUAACCUGAAAUUAAUGCCAAAAAUUUGGAAAAGAAAAAGAAAAUGUUAGAUUGUUAGCACACACUCUAAAUAUGGAUGUCGUAACGUUCGGAAUCAUAGUGGGCAUUAUAAUCCUUUUCUUAGUCAUUGUUUGCUUCAUCACAAUCGAAGGCACUUGCAAGUCCCGCUCCUAAUUCAACUCUAUACUAACUUUCUCUUCUUCUAUUCUUUCCGAUUCCAUGGCAUUGGGUAAAAAGAGUGUGGUUUAUUUGGCAUUCCUUUUCCUCUGUUUGGAUCUGGCAAUAGGGCAUAAGCCUCAUUCCCAUUCCCAUUCUGGUUUUUGUGGAUCCGAUGCCCAUCAUCACUGUGAAGAGCACCACCAUCAUGACCAUGACCAUCACCAUGAGCAUGACCAUAAGGACAAGAUUGAUGGCAGGUCGAAGCUUCCCGAAGAGUUAGCAGAGGAGGAGGAUAUGAAACUAUACGGCUUCGGCUUUCCGCAUGAACAUGACCAUCACCACGAUACUUCAGAACUAUCGGGUUUGGGCCUAUGGUUGAAUGCAUUGGGCUGUUCAUUUCUGGUGAGCAUGGCUUCUCUUACAUGCCUCAUUGUCCUUCCUGUAAUUUUUGUACAAGGGAAACCGUCAAAGGCUGUUGUUGAUUCAUUGGCUUUAUUUGGGGCAGGAGCUAUGUUGGGGGAUGCAUUUCUUCACCAAUUACCACAUGCUUUUGGUGGAGAACACUCUCAUUCCCAUGAUAACCAUGAAGAUCAUGACCAUGAUGUUAGUCUUGGACAUGGUCAUUCACAUUCUUUGGCCGAUCUCUCGAUAGGAUUAUCUAUCCUUGCUGGAAUUGUACUCUUUCUUCUUGUGGAGAAGGUAGUGAGGUAUGUUGAAGAAAACUCGGGGGAAGCUAAUUCAUGGACACAUGGACACCAUCACCAUAACCACAAUAGCAAGAAAAAAUUGAAAGACGAUAACUUUUCUAAUGAUGCAAAGGAAGACAGAUUGCUAGAUGAGAGAAAAGAUAAUCCAGUGUCAUCUGACGCUUUAAAGGGAGAUAAUCCUUCUGAAUCUGAAACCUUGCUCAGAAAGAGAAUCGGAAGCAAGGUGACCAAAAGUAGUGUUGAUAGCUCCUCAGAUGAUAUAAAAUCUUCAAAUGUUAAAGAACCAGUUAGAUUACCAACAAACCUUGUGUUUGGUUAUCUCAAUCUUUUCUCAGAUGGAGUGCAUAAUUUCACAGAUGGAAUGGCUUUAGGAAGUGCGUUUUUGCUUUAUGGAUCUGUUGGUGGCUGGUCUAGAACUCUGUUUUUGCUGGCACACGAGCUUCCUCAAGAGAUUGGUGAUUUUGGCAUUCUCAUUAGAUCUGGUUUCAGCAUACCAAAAGCUUUGUUCUUCAACUUUCUGUCAGCACUUGUAGCACUUGCGGGGACUGCAUUGGCGCUGCUGUGGGGGAAAGAUCCUGGACAGUCAUCUCUAAUUGAGGGAUUUACAGCAGGUGGAUUUAUAUACAUCGCAAUUGCCGGAGUACUUGCAGAAAUGAAUAGCAAUGGGAAUACAAAAUUAAGAAGUACAGUUGUCCAAAUAAUCUCGCUGACAAUGGGCAUGGCUGUUGCCCUAGGUAUUUCUCUUAUAGAAUGAACGAAAUGUUGUCACUUUAGGACUUUCACCCUCUUCAUUCCUGAUGUGCCAAUUAGUUUAAAAAAAAAAUAUGACCGAGCUCCAAAUGUUUUCUUUAUAUUUUGCUUUAUGCUAAACGGUGAUGCCAGAAAAAAGGUUUGUAAGGAAGGCGAACUGAGAAAAUGAUGCAUCAAUCAGAUGGUCAGGCUUUAACACCAAAUGAUUCCUUACUCCCUAACAUAGUGUAAACUUUGUACAGUAGAUGUACUUUUCUACCGUCAUUAAUACUAGCCUAUCACAAGCCGUUUGUGUUUGUCAAACUGUAUCUUGUGACAUUUUUCUUCCUUUUGAGCUGUAUAGCAGUCAAAAUGCUUUCCUCUUUCCGAUGCACAUAAGAUGAAGACACUAAUUGUGUCUGAUUGAUAUUGUACCAUUUUCCAUCCUUGUCUUUA